GCGGCGUUCUGCGGUUGCCGCCGGCUCGUCCUCCCCGAAAGCCCGCCCCCUCUCGCCGGUCGCCGUCACCCGGGAUACAGACUGCGACGGCCAGCCGAUCCGAAGCGGGUUUCAUGGCAGCUGCGAAGAAAGCUGUUUUGGGGCCUUUGGUGGGCGCGGUGGACCAAGGCACUAGCUCGACGCGAUUUUUGGUUUUCAAUUCAAAAACAGCCGAACUACUUAGUCAUCAUCAAGUAGAAAUAAAACAAGAGUUUCCAAAGGAAGGAUGGGUAGAACAAGAUCCUAAGGAAAUUCUUCAAUCUGUCUAUGAAUGCAUAGAGAAAACGUGUGAGAAACUUGGACAACUCAAUAUUGACAUUUCCAACAUAAAAGCGAUUGGUGUGAGUAACCAGAGGGAAACCACUGUAGUCUGGGACAAAGUGACCGGAGAGCCUCUCUACAAUGCUGUGGCCGCUCCAGUUUCUCCUGGCCCUUCAGUUCCAGCUGCCGUUGUUCCCUCUGGCUCUUCGGUUCCAGCUCCUGGCCCUUCCUCAGUGUGGCUUGAUCUCAGAACACAAUCUACUGUUGAAAGCCUUAGUAAAAGGAUUCCAGGAAAUAAUAACUUUGUUAAGUCCAAGACAGGCCUUCCACUUAGCACUUACUUCAGUGCUGUGAAACUUCGCUGGCUCCUUGACAAUGUGGAAACCAUUCAGAAGGCUGUGCAAGAAGAUAGAGCACUUUUUGGGACAAUAGAUUCCUGGCUUAUUUGGUGUUUGACAGGAGGAGUGAAGGGAGGUGUCCAUUGUACGGAUGUAACAAAUGCAAGUAGGACUAUGCUUUUCAACAUACAUUCUUUGGAAUGGGACAAAGAACUCUGCGAAUUUUUUGGAGUUCCAUUAAAAAUUCUCCCAAAUGUCCGGAGUUCUUCUGAGAUCUAUGGCUUAAUGAAAGCUGGAGCCUUGGAAGGUGUGCCGAUAUCUGGGUGUUUGGGGGACCAGUCUGCUGCAUUGGUGGGACAGAUGUGUUUCCAGGAUGGACAGGCCAAAAAUACGUAUGGAACUGGCUGUUUCUUACUAUGUAAUACCGGACGUAAGUGUAUAUUUUCAGAACAUGGCCUCCUAACUACAGUGGCUUACAAGCUUGGAAGAGACAAGCCAGUAUAUUAUGCAUUGGAAGGAUCUGUUGCCAUAGCGGGUGCUGUUAUUCGUUGGUUAAGAGACAAUCUAGGAAUUAUAAAUACCUCAGAGGAAAUUGAAAAACUUGCUAAAGAAGUAGGUACUUCUUAUGGCUGCUACUUUGUCCCAGCAUUUUCAGGGCUAUAUGCACCUUAUUGGGAACCCAGUGCAAGAGGGAUCAUCUGUGGGCUUACUCAGUUUACCAAUAAGUGCCAUGUUGCUUUUGCUGCUUUAGAAGCUGUUUGCUUCCAAACCCGAGAGAUUUUGGAUGCCAUGAACCGUGACUGUGGAAUUCCACUCAGUCAUUUGCAGGUAGAUGGAGGAAUGACCAACAACAAAAUUCUUAUGCAACUACAAGCAGAUAUUCUGUAUAUUCCAGUAGUGAAGCCCUCCAUGCCUGAAACCACUGCCCUAGGAGCUGCCAUGGCUGCAGGUGCCGCAGAAGGAGUAGGCGUGUGGAGUCUUGAUCCUGAAGAUUUGUCGGCAGUUACUGUGGAACGCUUCGAACCCCAGAUCAAUGCUGAGGAAAGUGAAAUCCGUUAUUCUACCUGGAAGAAAGCUGUGAUGAAAUCAAUGGGAUGGGUUACGACUCAGUCUCCAGCAAGUGGUGACCCUAGUAUCUUCUGUAGUCUUCCCCUGGGCUUUUUUAUAGUGAGUAGCAUGGUAAUGUUAAUCGGAGCAAGGUACAUCUCAGGUCAGUUGCUCUUUAAAUCAGACAAUUUUAUUAGUUAGCAUUGAUGUAUUUUGUGUAUAACUCAGCAGAUACUUUUUUAGGAUGUUUUGUUCUGCCUGUGUUUAAGCACAUGAAAAAUCAAUGUGAGGUCUAAUUAGACCAUCUUUGGAAGCAAUCAGAAUUAAGCACUGCGACUACUUAACCCUUUUCGGUUUUAAGUAGAUGGCAAUUUCAUUGCUGGGCUACAUUUGCUGGCCUGUCAGAUUUGGCAAAGUCAAAGUACUAAUGAAAAGGAUAUUUGGAAGUUGAAAAUUAAAGUAUAAUUUUUCUCAUUCAAUUGGCUUCAGUAAACAUUUUUUUUCAUAUCUAUGAAAAUUUGCUAAGCAAUUCUACACAUACAUUGCAAU